UUAGAAGAGAGAGAGGAAAAUUAUGCAUGGUUUGAGAUUUGUGUAAUUACGUGUUGGCCCUUUGGUGGAAGACGGAACACCACCGCAGCGCAGAGAAAAGUCUGGAACUUUCGUUGCGCAACGGCAAAUCUAGAAUAUACGUUACUUAGCGGCGAAGGCGAAGGCGUGGUUAUCUAUCUAUCUAUCUAUCUAUCUAUCUAUCUAUCUAAUCUUUCUAGCAAUUCGAUUUGUAAUCGGAAAUUGGAAAUUAGAGAAUUGAACGAAAAUGGAAGUGAGAAAUGGGAGAAGGGUUUCUCGAGGAAUGCUGCCUCUGCUUGCUCUUCACACCUUCAGCGAGUAUUACAGAUCCGAUCGGAAACCCCCUGUCACCGCCGCUCUAAUUGCCGCCAACACUCUCAUUUAUAUCAGACCAUCCUUAUUGAAUUCCAUCAUUCCUUCUAUUGAUGAGGUCUGGUUCAAUCCCCACCUCAUCCUCAAGAACAAGGACCUGAAGCGAUUCUUCUUGUCUCCGUUCUACCAUAUUGGAGAACCUCACCUGGUUUACAACAUGUUAUCCCUUCUAUGGAAAGGGUUUCAAUUGGAAACUGCAAUGGGAAGUCUCGAAUUUGCUUCCAUGGUUGCUUCUUUACUUGCUUUAUCUCAGGGUUUUACUCUAAUGCUAUCCAAAUCACUGCUUCUGUUUUUCGAAUAUGAGAGAGCAUACUACAAUGAAUACGCUGUUGGUUUCUCUGGUGUCUUGUUUGCCUUGAAAGUUGUUCUUAAUUCUCGAUCGGAGAAUUAUAGUUAUGUACAUGGGGUGUUAGUGCCAUCGCGUUAUGCUGCUUGGGCUGAAUUGGUUCUGAUCCAAAUGUUUGUACCUGGUGUCUCAUUCAUUGGUCAUCUUGGUGGCAUAUUUGCUGGCCUUGUUUAUCUUAGGUUGAGGGGCAAUUAUUCAGGUCCAGACCCGCUAGCUUUUCUCAUGAGAGGUCUUACUGGUGCAUUGAACUGGCCUCUCAAUUUUUUAUACAGUGUGUUUCGGCGAAGCCGGGGAAGGAUCUCUGGUAGGGGAACUGUUGGUGGUAGCCGGACAGGAAGGAGAAGUACUCAGUCUGGUGUGUGGAGAUGCCAGGCUUGCACAUAUGACAAUUCUGGUUUGUUAAGUGUGUGUGAGAUGUGUGGUACAAGUAGGGAUGGGGUUGGAUUAUCUUCUUUUCAAUGGAACCGUGAUUCUGAUGGUCUUCCUUUGGAUGAAUUGCGUCGCCGGAGAAUUGACAGGUUUGGUAGAUGAUGGUUUUGUAUUUCACAGCCUCUGGCAAAUAACACGUACUGGAUAUGGAAAUUUUCAAGCAUGUUACAUCAUUUUGUUUAGGAGAUAAGUAUGUUCAUAUGUUGUAGAACCAUAACCGUUUGUUUCUUUGUACUAUCCAAAGAGAAGUGACCUCAGUGCUCACUUGCCAUUCAUGGCUGAUACUGCAGCAAGUUAUAUCAAUUUACCAAGUUACAUUACAUCAUUUGGGCACACCAAACAAUGGAUGUUUUCAUUCAAUUAUUAUUUUUGCUUGUCAAAAUUUCUUUUAAAGUCCAUUCAUGUUGUGUGGGUUAACAUAAUGUGGAGAGCUUGUGUGGGUGCUACCUUAACAGUAAAUGAGCAAAGGAAUGAGGGAUGGUUUGCUAAUCUUCCUUCCGAACAGUUUGUUUAAUUGUUUUAAACUCAUGUUUUCUUUUAUUUUUGGUGAAUUCCAUGAUCUAGUUAUGCUCUUAGUAUAUAUAUGGCUUUGGGGAUUGAGAGGGGAAUUCAGUUGGGGAUUCAGAUUUGGAUUCAAAUAUCAGAAGGCCUGCACCUGUAUUUGAAUAUGAAAACUUAAACUAUCUGACCCAUGCUCAGCGGGUUACCAUUUGCCAUCAACCUAUGCCGAUUGAGGUCCCUUCUUCAAAGGAUGGAGGGCUUUAUGCUUCAAUUUUUUCCAAUGGUGGCGACUGGCGAGGAUACCGUUUGUAAAGUAGUCAAAGAACUUUUGAGCAUAACGAAUAAUCACUCACUUGUGGUGAUGAAUUCACAAGGAAUAACUACCAGCUUAAAAUGAGUAAUCAAAACGAAUUGAAUGACUACUCUGAAUAAACAAUAGUUAUUUCUAAUU